AAAUAUAACGUAAUGGAAGAUACCCUGGUGUUUUACGUGAACGGUCAGAAGGUCACCGUGACGAGGCCUGACCCAGAACUUACGCUGUUGACAUAUCUAAGGGACCACUUAAACCUGAAAGGGACGAAGUAUGGAUGCGGGGAAGGAGGGUGUGGAGCCUGUACCGUCCUCGUCACAAAAAUUGUCAACGACGUGCCAAAGCACAUGACAGUGAAUUCAUGCCUGGCUCCCUUGUGUUCCAUGCACGCUGCGGUCAUAACGACAGUGGAAGGUGUUGGCUCCGUCAGGACACAACUGCAUCCUGUUCAGAAAGUGAUGGCCACGAGUCACGGCUCACAGUGUGGCUACUGCACUCCAGGCUUCAUAAUGUCCAUGUACACCCUCCUUUGCAACAACCCCCGCCCACGUGUCCGUGACAUUGAAGAAUCCUUUCAAGGCAACUUAUGCCGAUGCACAGGCUACAGACCGAUAGUCCAGGGCUUCACGUCAACAUUCGCCACCGACGUCAGUUACCAUGGAAAAGAGGAUGAUGGAAGCAGCAACAGCAGUAGCAGCUGCUCUGGUAGCAACAACAAGAAGAAGGAUGCCAGCAAUGAACUGAGUGGAAGUAAUGAUGAAAAUGAUGACAAAUGUGAUGAACUCAGCAACGGAAGUGAAGAUAAACAAGAAACUUCAGUCUUGGAUUCUCAAUUCCUGUGUUUCAAAUCGAAGCACGUCUCUUGGUACCGACCCACAAAACUGUCUGACCUUCUUCAGCUCAAGGCCAAACAUCCCGAAGCAAAACUUGUCAUUGGGAACACGGAGAUAGGCAUUGAGACUCGUUACAAAAACAUGGAGUAUCCAGUGAUCAUCUCAUGCACGCACAUCAAUCAUGCGGCCACUGGUGAGGAAAAUGAUGACAACCGAAAAAUCUGGAUCGGUGCUUCAGUUACUCUGGACACUUUGGAGAAACUUCUUGAUGAAAAAAUUAAUUCACUGCCAGGAGAGAGAACGAGACUGUUUGUCGAGAUGAUGAAAAUGCUAAAAUUGUUUGCCGGUCCACAAAUCAAAAACGUUGCUUCGAUCGGCGGAAACCUGAUGACAGCCAGUCCAAUAUCUGAUUUGGUGCCGAUAUUGGUAAGUGCCAGGUCCGAGAUGGUCAUCGCAUCAACGGACGGAACGAGGCGAAGAGUUCUCGAUGGAAAGUUUUUUACAGGCUACAGAAAACUAUCCAUGCAACCGGACGAGAUUCUUCUCAAAGUCAGUCUGCCCUAUUCAAAUCAGAUGGAAUAUUACAGCAGUUUCAAGAUGUCCAGGAGGAGGGAUGAUGACAUUUCGAUCGUCAACGCUUCCAUGUACGUCAAAUUCAAAAGCCAAAUUAAGAACUGUGUCACUGACAAUGAUGACAAGAAGGUUUGCUUUGUUGUUGAUGACGUCAUAAUAGCUUAUGGAGGCAUGAGCACCACAGUUGUCGUGGCCAACAACACCAUGAACCUCUUGAAAGGAAAAGAAUGGAACGAUGAUUUAUUGAAUAUGGCUAUCUCAUCUCUAUCUGAAGAGACAUCCUUGAACUUGGGAGUUCCAGGUGGAAUGGAAGCCUACAGAUCUUCACUCACCCUUUCGUUUUUCUUCAAAUUCUAUGUCGAUGUUUGUUUACAGUUGCAGAAGGAUCACGUGAAAUACAACAACGAAUUCGACAAACCCAUUCUACCACCGUCACUUACUUCGCAUGAAGACAUCAACAUGGCACCGAAGUUUAAAGACGAGUUGAGCGUGGUAGGCAAGCCUAUUCUACACGAGUCUGCGUUUAAACACGCAACAGGGGAAGCGGCAUAUGUUGAUGACUUGCCUCAUUACAAAGAUGAACUGUUCUUGUCCUUUGUUUUGAGUUCAAAAGCUCACGCAAACAUUUUAAACGUUGACUACUCGGAAGCUUUGAAGUGUGAUGGAGUGGUGGGAGUUGUUGGUCCUGAUGACGUUCCUGGGUCUAACUGGUACGGCAAGCUGAUCAAAGAUGAAGAAGUCUUUUGUUCUAAGACUGUUGUCGCUCAGUAUCAACCAAUACUUGGGGUACUCGCGCAGACGAAGAGUCAGAGCAGAAAAGCUGUUCAAAAGGUGAAAGUUGAGUACGAAGAACUUACACCCAUUUUGUCAAUUAAGGAAGCCAUGGCUAACAAUUCUCUGAUAAAACCUUUACCGCCAUUAAAAAAUGGGGACCCACUGACUGUGAUGGAGGCUUGCGAGUUUGUGUUGGAGGAUGAAGUCAGUAUGGGUGGGCAGGAACAUUUCUACAUGGAGACGAAUGGGUGCGUCGUUGUUCCACAUGAAGAUGGGGGAGCUGAAAUUUGGAGCUCCACUCAGCAUUGCGAUGAUGUUCAGAGAGGUGCAGCAAGCGUAAUGGGAGUCUCCACGAGUAAAAUUUUGGUCAGAGUGGGAAGAGUGGGUGGAGGAUUCGGUGGUAAGGAGAACAAACCGCAGAUCCCAGCUCUGCCUGCCGUUGUUGCCGCUCACAAAUUCAAGCGUCCCGUUAGAUGUACGCUGGAUCGUGAUGACGACAUGCUGAUGACAGGAGGAAGACACCCAUACUACGCCAAGUAUAAAGUUGGCUUCACCAAAGAGGGUCACAUAGAGGCAUUAGUGGUUGAAAUGUUUGCCAAUUGCGGUUGUUUCUCAGAUUGCUCAGAAGCGGUCAUAGAGAAAGCAACUUUUCAGCUGGAUAACAUGUACCAUUUCAAGCACAUCCUCAUCAAGAGGUUCUUGUGCAAGACCAAUCUGCCAUCCAACACGGCCUUCAGAGGGUUUGGAACCCCACAAGCCACUUUCGUAUGCGAGACCAUUCUCGACCAUGUCGCCUCGCAUUUGAAACUAUCCACUGUAUCGAUUAGAGAAUUGAAUAUGUACAACGCCGGAGAUCAAACAAUGUACAAUCAAAUCAUGGAUUGUGAUGUUACUCUUAAAAAUUGCUGGCAACAAACCAAAGAACGUUCGGACUUUGAGAAACAACUGGAAGAAAUUGAAGAAUUUAACCGGAGUCACAGAUGGAUGAAAAGGGGCCUCAGUUUGAAUGGCAUUAAGUACGGUGUAGGUUAUUCAUUAGCUUGGCUACACCAGGCUGGAGCACUUGUCAAUGUCUUCAAGGAUGGAUCGGUUCUAUUAUCUCACGGAGGAACUGAAAUGGGUCAGGGUCUGCACACAAAAAUGAUUCAAGUGGCUGCAGAAGUUCUGCAGAUCAGCACCUCCAUGAUCCACAUUCACGAGACAAACUCUCACAUCAUCCCUAAUGCCAGUCCCACCGCCGCUAGUUCGAGUUCAGAUCUUUUCGGCAUGGCCAUUGUGUUGGCAUGUGAGAAAAUAAUCAGAAGGUUGCAGCCUUACAUCAAAUCAAAACCUGAGAGCGGCUGGAAGGCGUGGAUUGAAAGAGCUUACAUGGAUCGUGUUCAACUAAUGGCCACAGGAUAUUACAAGAAAGCAUUUUCUGAGUUCGACGUGGAAAAGAACAAGGGUCUCAUGUAUCACUAUUUCACUCUUGGCGUGGCUUGUUCGGUCGUACAAAUUGACUGCUUAACUGGAGCUCUUCAGCUUCUAAGGACGGACAUUGUGAUGGAUGUGGGUAAAAGUUUGAAUCCCGCUAUUGAUGUAGGCCAGAUUGAAGGUGCUUACAUGCAAGGAUUUGGUUUGUACACAAUGGAAGAUUUGAAGUAUUCAUGUGAUGGAAGGUUGUUAAUGAACGGACCAGGGGUUUAUAAAAUACCUUCUGUAUGCGACACCCCACGCAUCUUCAACGUUACGUUGCUUAAAAAUUCAAAAAAUCUCAAAGCUGUGUAUUCAUCAAAAGCAAUUGGAGAGCCUCCAUUGUUGCUGGCAAUUAGUGUUGUCGGAGCCAUUCGUCAGGCAAUAACAUCGGCCCGCAAAGACGCUGGUCUGUCUGAUAACUGGUUCAGGCUCGAUUCCCCAUUAACUUGUGAGCGGAUCAGAAUGGCUUGCACGGAUCAAUUCACAAAUAUGUAUAAAAAGAAAGAAGCAGAAAACUACAAGCCAUGGUUCAAAGAUAUUGUGUAAAGAAUCUAGAAUGCCAUUAUUGACAAUAAAUUCGCUUAUGUUGUGAAUUAUGAAAGAACAAAUGCCUGAAUGUAAUUUAUUUAUCAUUGAAAUUUUUUUUAAAACAGUUUAUCAAAAUUGUUUGUACAAUGAUUUUUGUCAUAUUAUUUAAUUUAAUUUAACAUACAAUGAGUUUAUUUGAAAUUGAAAAUGAUUCAUCCAUGAACAACACCAAAAGUUAUAAACAA